AUGCCCUUCCCAGCUCACGCUAUGCUCAAACCAAAACAAGAAAUCGAUAUUGUUGAUAUACUGGAAAUGACCAGAUCUAAACAUGAAGAGCUCCUUCAUCGAGAGGAUUUGAGAUUGGCAUGUCUCAAUCAAAAUCAUUUUGUGUCUUUGUGGAGACGCCUGCAACAGGACUCAUCCAGGCCUGUGCCAAGGCUUCCGGUGGUGAAGACGUCUUCCCAGAAAGCUGUAAGACCACUGAAAGCUAGCGAACCCAGCAAAUCGACGACUUUUGGAUCAGUUUGGGGAUUCUUCAGGGAAUUGUGUCAAGGGUUCAGAAACCGGUAUGACUAG